AUGGAUUCUGGGAUCACAAGCAAGACUCACCGCAACAUGAGAUUCACCUGCUCUCUUUUCCUUAUGGGUGUGUUGUAUGUGACGCCUUUCUUCUGCCAUAGCCAUCUUGACCCCUUGGCUCUUGGUCGGGCUGAUCCCCAGUGCUGGGAAUCCUCAUCGACUACCUUGCUGGAGAUGAGAAAGCCCCGUGUUUCUGACUCUGUUGGUGGCUUUUGGGAUUUUAUGAUCUUCUUGAAAUCAUCUGGGAAUCUGAAGCAUGGAGCUCUGUUUUGGGAUCUGGCGCAGCUCUUCUGGGAUAUCUACGUGGACUGUGUACUUUCCAGGACCCACGGCCUAGGGAAAAGGCAGCUGGACGAAGGUCGGCAACAAGUUGCAGCUCGUCCCUCUUGGAUUGCAAGGAGGGUUUUUUCACAAAUUCAGGUGUUUCCUGUAACGAAGAAGAAAGAACUGACUGAAGAUCUAAUAAGCAUCCGAGUGCACAGGAGCGAGUCUGCUUUACUUAGAAGAAUUACUGGGCAGUUAAGAAAGAAGAUGAAACAAACCUAG